AUGCCAAUGCUGUCUCCCGUAAGGGAUGGCAAAACGGGGACUUUGUCUCAAGUCCAAGCCUGCCAGCGGCAAGUGUCUGAGCUCCGGGCUAGCCUAUCCUUGCUGGCAGAGCGAUGUGGCUGCCUGGAAGACGUGCACAAGGGAGCGAUUGAGAGGCUGAGAGUUUUCGGUUCACCGAAGCCUGGAGCUACGCUGGAGCAGCUGAAGAAGCAAUCGAUGGCCAAAGUCAAAGCUUUGCAAAGCCGCCAUGGUGAGCUGAUGAGCAAGCUGCAGGAGGAGCUGUCACUGUCGUGCGAGAGGUCAGAGCCGACGCCAAUGACCGAGAAGCUGAAGACACCUGCAGUGCUGAAAGGUGCAGCCGGUGUCCCAAGCCCUGACCUUGCAAAGCCAGACACUGUCAAUGGUGCAGGCGUUGCUGCCCCACUGACCCUUGAGAGCGAGAAUGGUCAUGAACAGGCGGAUGUUUCGUCUGUUACUGUCAUGCCCAUCGACGGGCGCUUCCAUGACAUUCAGGCCAAGUCCGCUCCAGACCGACUCACCGCACAGGGUCUUCCAAUGGCUCGCAGCUUUCCGGGAGCGGAGCCUUGCUUGAGAGUGCGAGGGCCCCCUUUGCCUCCGUCGGAUCGUGUCGAGGAAAUUCGCCGGAGAGCGGCCGAAAUCGAAAAAGGGAAGCGGGCGUCUGCGGCUCUGUCUUCAGCAGAGACGCCAGUCACCCCGCGCGUCCCGGAAACUGAUGCGUCGCGAUCACCGAUAAGUGAUGUAUGGGCGAGGUUCCACCCAUCACGAGGAGGUGACUCGGGCUUGCUUCUGCCUAUGGCUGCUCCAGGCGAAGCACCUAAUACCAAUGCAUCCGUCAGCAUCCAGGAGCCAACAACGUUCCCUUCAGCGACUGCGGCAAGUUGCAAUGGCAACUUGAACAAUCCAUUUGGCUACGCUCAGUCACGGGUCUUCCCAAACGGACCUGUGCCAGUGGCGCCACUACCACCAGCACCACCUGCUGGUUUUCGUUCUGUUUACCCACCUGGAGUGCACAUGCCAGGGCUGCCCGGGCACUGUCCGAUGCCUCUUCCAGCAUUUCCUCUUGGAGGAUCUUGCCCUCCGAGUCCUGUGCCGGAUCUGAUGGGACUGAGUUCGCUCCAUGCGUCCACUCUACCUUCGCCGUGGUCGAGCUUCCCGCCCCAGUGA